AUGGAGUUAAAGUAUUAUCCACAGAUUGAUGAAACCAUUACUAAAGGAUUGAGACUAGGAAAUCAAGGGUAUCUGGAGCAUCAUGUGGGGCGGUGGAGACUCUCUAGCUGGCUUCAGCGUUUCAGGUACAGGCUGGCCCAGAGACUCCUGCAUUUAGCUCAGACAGAGGACUGGCAGUGGCGGACUGUGGCGGUCCACCAUCUAGCACGUCUCCACCACCUGUCAGAGGCAGAUCGGAUACAACUGGCUCAGGCCUGUGACUGCCACACUGCUGUGGGUUUGGCCAGGAGUCGGGACACCCAGAGACGGCUUCUUCCUCCCCCCACCUUUGUACAAGACCACAGACAAUGA